UCGAGCGUGACGUCAGCGCACGACUCCCAUUGAGCGGAGACGCUGCUCGCGAUCGUAUUCAAAAGACCAGGACGCUGUAUCCGAGUACCGCAGGCUUGAGGACCGUUUAUAGAUCCAGGAGUUAAUUUACGAACAACGGAGGAACUGCACUUCUUGACGAAAGAGGAGGUGGUUGUGGUGUGAGGAGAGUGUGUGCGCACAUGUGAGUAAUGGCAGAGCAGCAGAGACAGCGUUCACUCUCCACAGCAGGAGAAUCACUAUAUGUGGUCCUGGGAGUUAAUAAAAACACGGCACCAGAAGACAUAAAGAAAUCCUACAGAAAGCUAGCUCUGAAGUUCCACCCUGACAAGAAUCCUGACAAUCCAGAAGCGUCUGAGAAAUUCAAAGAAAUCAACAACGCUCAUACCAUUCUGUCAGACCCCACCAAACGCAACAUCUAUGACAAAUAUGGAUCUCUGGGCCUCUACGUGGCAGAACAGUUUGGAGAGGAGAACGUUAACACAUACUUUGUAUUGUCCAGCUGGUGGGCUAAGGCAUUGUUCAUAUUCUGUGGUGUGGCCACAGGCUGUUAUUUCUGCUGUUGUCUGUGCUGCUGUUGUAACUGCUGCUGUGGGAAGUGUAAACCUCAUCCUCCUCCGUCAGAUGAGCCAGAUUUCUAUGUGUCUCCUGAAGACUUGGAAGCUCAGAUGCAGUCUGAUGAGAGAGGCCGUGCAGAUGGCAGCAGCCCCAUCGUGAUGCAGCCGUCCUCUGCCACAGAGACCACUCAGCUGACCGCAGACUCUCACCACACCAGCUACCGGACAGACGCCAGCUAUUAAACCUCUCUCUCACAGACACACAGGACCAGAAAAGGUCACGGUGGGCAAUGGGUGCUCCAUAGGAAAGAGGUUGAGUGGUUAGUUAGUUACAGUAUCAUUGGAAAACCUGAAACGCUUCACCGUACAGGGCAAGAAGUGAGUUUAUUUUUAUUUGCCUUUAACCUCUAUCAUCCCCAAACUUACUGCUGUGUUAUAUUCAACACACACAAGGACCUUCUUACAGUGUACAUACAGUCUUCCUGCUAUGAUCCAAGCUUCAUCUUGCCGACAGCUCUUGUUAUGCACUGGUUAUCACACUGCAUUUGUCUACAUAAUAAGGUAAAAUAAUUUUGAUCCAUCUUAAUUGAAGCAUGAAUUAGUUUCCACAACAACGGGACACAAGGAAGUAUUUUUGUAUGCUUAGUGCAUCCAGCUGUCAUAAUGGAUAAUGAAGCUGGCGUUACACUAACUAACUCACACAUACCCUGCCAUUCAAAAGUUUGGAAUUAGUCAUUUUUUUUAUUUUUUAAUAGAUUUUUUUUUUUAGAAAGGAUGCAUUAAUUUGACCGAAAGUAACAGUAAAGACAUUUAGGUUACAAAAGAUUUUUA